AUAGGGCUGCAGAGGCUGAGCCUGCUGAGCUCCCAGAUGAAUAGAAGCAAUGGACAUGCUACUGCAGCAUCAUAAUGCCCUUCAGCAAAGGAAUUAGAGCUCAGCCAUAGUGCAGCAAAUCUCCCCAGUUAAAAUCCCUUCCUCAGUCCUGGUAGUACAACUACCAAAGAACAGCAACUUCCCUCUCUGUGAGGCUCUUUUAGACCCAGGCUUUAUACCCUGCAAGCAGAAGAUGGGAUUUUACCAAGGGGGAUUUUCUUGAAGCUGGAGGACUGAAGAGUAUUACAGCUCACCAAGCCCAGCCAGGAAAGGAUGGCGCAGCGGGUGAUCUGCCAAAGCUUCCUACAGCUGCAUCCACUGGCACUAAGCCCCAGCUGGAUCACAGUGCAGAACACCCCAGGCCCUGAAUGCAGCCCUGCUGUGCCCAUGGGUCCCAGCCUUGCACUGCAGAGGUGCUGAAGACUAAGAGUGGUGUCCUGAAAGAGAGCUCAUGUUUUGCUUCCAUUAAUUUAAUAUUAUUUGGACUUUUGAAUCAAUUCUUCCCGCACCUUCCCAGCCACUUACAGAAGAAGAGAUCUCCUAAGCCCUCAGCAGGAUGAAUGAGACCAAGGGAGCUUUUGAUAGCCCAGAACUUUGGAGCCCAGGUUGCAUGCAGAGCAGCACCUCCCUGACCAGUCUGGCACCACCCUUUGCAUUUGGACAGCAGGCUAUGGACACAGCCCUAAAUGUAAUCCUUAUCGUGGUCCUCCUGGUCAUCAUGGUGUCUCUGGGAUGUACAAUGGAGAUAGCCAAGAUCACAACUCACCUCAGGAGACCUAAAGGUGUGGCAAUAGCCAUAUUGGCUCAGUACAGCAUCAUGCCCUUGACAGCAUUCAUAUUGGGCAAGCUCUUCCAGCUGGGCACCCCAGAAUCCCUGGCCAUCCUCAUCUGUGGCUGCUGCCCAGGGGGAAACCUCUCCAACAUCUUUAGCCUGGCACUGAGAGGGGACAUGAACCUCAGUGAGGGGUCAUUUCUUCAUCUCAGUGUUGUAAUGACCGCAUGCUCCAUGGUCCUGGCAAUUGGAUUAAUGCCACUGCUUCUGUACCUGUACUCGGGAGGACUGUCUGAGGGUGAUUUGGAGGGCAAGGUACCUUACAAAGGAAUAAUCACCUCCCUGGUGCUGAUGCUAAUCCCCUGUGCCACUGGCAUCAUCUUGAAUGAGAAGAAACCACAGUAUACUGGCAUUAUCACCAAGGCAGGGAUGGUUAUGCUUCUACUGUCAUCUGCUGCUAUAAUUGCUCUGUCUGUGGCCAAUAUGGGAAGCUGUAUCAUGGUUGUCUUGUCACCACCUCUCCUGGGAACUUCUGCCUUAAUGCCCCUUACUGGAUUCCUGCUGGGCUAUGCUGUCUCUGCAGCCUUCAAGCUUGAUGACCGGUGCAGACGGACAGUGUGCAUGGAAACCGGCUGCCAGAAUGUACAGCUUGGCUUAGCUAUCCUCAAGGUUGCCUUUGCCCCAGAGAUCAUUGGCCCCCUGUACUUCUUCCCACUGCUCUACUUGCUGUUCCAGCUUGGAGAAGGAUUUCUGCUCAUCCUGGCCUUUCGGAUCCAUGACAGAAUAAAGCAGGCCAAUGAUUCAGCAAAAAUUAUCUGUGCGGGUGUGGACACAUUUAGAGCUCAAGAAAUGAAAUCAGUGUUAAGACAUUGCAGAAACAGUGGAAAACCAGGAAAACAAUAUAUGGAUUCUGCAGCAGUUGCUCUCACAACCCUCCAGGCUCCACCUUCUGCAGCCAGCUCAUAGGUCUCCAGCUGUUCUGUCAAUCCUAUCGAUAUGCUCACUUCACAUCAGCCACUGAGCCAUCUACACCCAUGGUUAUUCCCCAGAGACUUUGCUCCAGACUAAGCCUCACUCUGUCAGACCAGAGAGGAGACUUUCAAAGUCAUUGUGACAACCCUUUAGGACAGCUGAAAAACAUGCCCAGUGACUGUCCCAGUUUUACCUGUAAGUGAAUCACUGCCAACAUCAGUUCUCUUUCUUAAUUUCACUUACCUGUAACUGUCCUGCUGGCACAUAAUGGAAGCAGAUCCUGACAAUAUCACUGCAGAUUAAUGUAAUUCCUUUAACAGA